AUGGAACUCAACCGAGAACAUUUUCGCGCCAUAAUUUAUUACAACUUUCAGAGACAAUUAUCAGAAUUCAAACGUGAACGGGUGGGUCUUAGCGACGAUUCCAGGGUGGGUGCACCAAAAACGGCAGUCACCCAGGAAAACGUCGAUGCUGUGCGCAAACUCAUCAUUGAAGAUAGACAUGUGACAUAUCGCGAGAUUGAGGCAUCCUUGAGUAUCUCAAAGACCUCAAUUCAAAAAAAUUUACAUGAAGAAUUAGGAGUAAGAAAAUUAGUUUCUCGUUGGAUACCCCACUUGUUGACUGAAGAGCAGAAAGCAGCCAGGGUUAAUUGGUGUCAAAAAACGCUUGACCGUUUCAAUUCCGGAAACUCAAAAAAUGUGUACAGCAUUGUUAGUGCGGGUCAUAUUGCAACAAUUGCUCUUAAUGAGCAAAUCAUCACCGAGCUUCGAAAAAUCAACCCCGAAAGAAGAAUCAUCCUCCACCAAGACAAUGCAAGCUCGCACACAAGGCAGUAUUUAACGGAAGAAAACGUGGAAUUAUUUUACCAUCCUCCAUAUAGUGGCGAUCUAAGUCCUAACGAUUUCUUUACUUUCCCGAAAAUUAGAAACAGACUGCGUGGUCAAAGGUUCCAGUCACUAGAAGAAGCAGUUGACGCAUUCAAAAAUGCCGUUUUGGAUCUGCCAGCAAACGAGUGGAAUAAGUGCUUCGCAAAUUGGUUCGAGCGCAUGCAGAUGUGUAUUAAUCUUCGUGGAGAAUACUUCGCAAGACAAUAA